GACCAAGCAAGCUAUGAUGAUAUCUGACCAAAUUGUGAAACAAAUCUCGAUACAGCAACGCUCAUCAGAGAGAGAGCAGCCGGUUUCGAAGCUGGAGAAACAAAUUACACAAGCUUCCAGGAAAGCGACAGUAAGGUUGAUACCGUACAGUUUUUCUUACUACAUGGAAGGCCAGUGGUUGAUAUAGGAUUUCUCUUCAAACAAACCGCAGACAUUUCCAACCACCCGUGUUUUGAUUGCUCGUUUGCGAAUACAUAACCCACCAAUGUGCAUUCGUUUAUCGAUUGUGCAACAUGAAGAAAACUAUUGAUUUGGUGAAAGAGUGUAUCGAUGUCACAAAUAUCAAC